GAGUGGAAUUAAAUGUGAGGUUGGUCUUGGGAUAGGCAAUAUGCAAGAUUCGUUUCCAUAUAAAUAAAGGGAUGCCAAAAUAUUAAUGCACACAACAGAAACCUUCUUCAGCUGCACAAAAACACAGUCACACACACUAGCUAGUUGUAAAAAUAUGGCAAGCUUGCAGCAGGGGAGUGGCAGUGGGAACAACAGCAACCGUAUUGUCGCCGUGGUGCAGACACCGCCCGCCGCCGGUGAUUGGGCUGCCGGAGACAAAGAAUUCGAUCAGGAAGACCAGAAACCAGGGUGGAAAAAUUUCUUGAAGCAUGUUGGCCCUGGUUUCUUGGUCUCAUUGGCUUACCUUGAUCCAGGAAAUUUGGAAACUGAUUUGCAAGCGGGAGCAAACCACGGCUACGAACUGCUAUGGGUGAUCCUUAUCGGUUUGGUGUUUGCCCUCAUAAUUCAAUCACUUGCGGCAAAUCUAGGAGUCAGCACUGGCAAACAUUUGGCGGAGCUGUGCAAGGCUGAGUACCCAAUAUUCGUUAAAUACUCGUUGUGGAUUCUAGCUGAGCUUGCCGUCAUUGCUGCUGACAUCCCAGAAGUGAUUGGGACGGCAUUUGCACUUAACAUAUUAUUCAACAUACCAGUUUGGGUUGGGGUUCUCUGCACCGGGUGCAGUACUCUGCUCUUGCUCGGCCUACAAAGAUACGGUGUGAGGAAACUUGAAUUGUUGAUUGCAAUAUUAGUAUUCAUAAUGGCAGCAUGCUUUUUUGGAGAAUUAAGCUAUGUGAAGCCUCCAGCUAAAGAAGUGAUGAAAGGAAUGUUUGUGCCUAAGUUGAGCGGCCAAGGCGCUACCGGUGAUGCCAUUGCGCUGCUCGGUGCCCUCGUUAUGCCGCAUAAUCUUUUUCUUCAUUCUGCUCUAGUGCUGUCGAGAAAGAUACCUAAUUCUGUUCGUGGCAUCAAUGAUGCUUGUCGAUACUUCUUGAUUGAGAGUGGAUUUGCACUUUUUGUAGCCUUUUUGAUAAAUGUGGCAGUUGUUUCUGUGUCGGGAACUGUUUGCUUAGCAGAUGAUCUCUCUAAUGAAAACGCAGACAGUUGCAGCGACUUAACACUUAAUUCUGCAUCUUUCCUCCUCAAGAAUGUUUUGGGGAAAUCAAGUUCUACUGUUUAUGCCAUUGCAUUGUUGGCCUCGGGACAGAGCUCUACUAUCACAGGCACUUAUGCAGGUCAAUACAUCAUGCAGGGGUUCUUGGAACUAAAGAUGAGAAAAUGGACUAGAAAUUUGAUGACAAGGUGCAUUGCCAUAACACCUAGUCUAAUAGUGUCUAUAAUUGGAGGAUCUUCUGGAGCUGGUCGACUCAUCAUUAUUGCAUCGAUGAUACUAUCUUUCGAGCUUCCUUUCGCCCUAAUCCCACUUCUCAAGUUCAGCACUAGCUCCACCAAGAUGGGACCUCACAAGAACUCCAUCUACAUCAUCGUCUUUUCUUGGGUUCUAGGACUGGGGAUCAUAGGAAUCAACAUCUACUAUCUGAGCACCGCGUUUGUCGGCUGGAUUAUCGACAACGACUUGCCAAAAGUGGGGAAUGUGUUCAUUGGAAUCCUAGUAUUUCCUCUUAUGGCAAUGUACAUUAUUUCGGUAAUUUAUCUCAUGUUCCGCAAAGACAAAGUUGUGACAUUCAUCGACCCCACAAAAUUCGACCCCACCGCCCAAGCCCAUAUGGAAAACGGGCAUCAAGGAGGAACUGAAUCGCAGAAUGCGCCCUAUAGAGAGGAUCUAGCAGACAUCCCAUUGCCCAACUAGACUUCUUCUUCUUCUUGUCGUCGUUUUUCUUUGAUGAAGAAAAUGUACAAGCGCCCAUUUACUAUAAAAAAAUCCGUUGAGAAAAAUAGUAUACUUGUAGUUUAAUUUUCAUGUUUCCCUUUUUGGGUCUUCCAUGUGUAAUACUCCUAUGAGGUAUGAUUGAAUAAGAAAGGCAGUUUUUUUAA